UUUUGUAAACCAACUUAUUUCACACGUUUUUUUAAAAUGGGAAAAGCUAAAAAAACGCGGAAAUUUGCGGCUGUAAAGCGUCUAAUCUCACCAAAAGACCCUCGAAUCAAAAAGAAAGAAGAUACUACAAAGAAAAAGCAAGAAGAGGAAGAUAAAGUAAAACAUGUAGAACAAGUAUCAUCGUCCAUGUUUUUCCAGUACAAUACACAGCUUGGUCCUCCAUAUUACAUACUUGUCGAUACCAACUUUAUCAAUUUUUCCAUCAAGAACAAGUUAGAUAUUAUGAAGUCCAUGAUGGACUGUCUAUAUGCUAAAUGUAUUCCAUGCAUCACUGAUUGUGUGAUGGCUGAAUUAGAGAAACUAGGAUCACAAUAUAGGGUUGCAUUAAGGAUUGCCAAAGACCCUCGAUUUGAAAGAUUACCUUGCAUGCAUCAAGGAACUUAUGCAGAUGACUGUUUGGUUAACAGAAUUAGUCAGAAUAAGUGUUAUAUUGUGGCAACGUGUGAUAGAGACCUAAAAAGAAGAAUACGAAAAGUACCUGGGGUACCUAUCAUGUACAUAUCUCAACACAGAUAUACUAUUGAACGAAUGCCCGAUGCUUAUGGAGCUCCAAGAUGAUCAGUUUUUGUCAAGUGGGAAUAGUGUUCAUGACUAUAACAGAUGGCCGAUACAUGGAUAAUAACACUGAUCACUUCACAUAUCUCUGGUUCAAGACAAACUUUCCUGUAUUUGAAAGCAGGUUGGUCUGUUCAGUUAGCGAUCCAUUGCACAUGCGUGGAUGACUAAAGCAGAGCUCGCUAUCACAAAAUGUAUGGUUCACCUUAUUACACUAAUGAUAAUAAUAAUGAUUAAUGGAUUA